CUUCCGUUAAUUAAUACUUUGUUGUUACUCAUGUCUCUCAGUUUAUAUUUUCUGGCGUUGUGAUCACAUCAUAUACAAACCAUUCAAGAAUCUUAAAAAAAAAAAACAAAAGGAAGAAAGAAAGAUACAGACUUCAGAGAGAUGGAACACACAUCAAGAGCAUUAGUCUUAGUUUUAGUUCUAUGUGUUGCGGUUAUGAUCACUCCAGGAGCGGCUCAUGACCAACCACCACGAUCAGAAUCUCCUAUCAACUUAGAGAAAUGCUGGUCAUCUCUUUUUAAUGUCCAUGGAUGUGUACUCGAACUCUUCCAGUCGGUUUUCUCAGGCAAGUUCGGAGACGUUGGAACCGCGUGCUGCAAGGCGUUUUCGACCAUAGAUGCUAACUGCUGGCCUCACAUGUUCCCGUUGAACCCGUUCUUCCCACCUCUUGUUAAAGACAACUGUGCUCAAAUUGUUCCAAACUUACCAUAAGCAUAAGUUAAAAAAAAAGGGAAGAGUGAAGUGUGGACAAUCUGUUUAGCUUAGAAAAGUAAUAUAAUCACUCUUCUAUUCAUUGUUCCAAGUCUUAUUUAAUAUCAUAUCUAAUAAGGAAAUGAAUUUCUUACCAAAUUCAUAGACAUUGUUGUUGCCUUUCACACAAAGAUUUGGCAAUCUAAUAUUGUUGAGUAGUCUUUGAUUAAUAAAAAUUUAUAUUAGAGC